CGCCCGAAAUGCCCAUUUAGGAAUCUGGAGAGGGAAUUUCCGAGCCCCUAUGGCAACUGUCAGGGCACUGAAAGAGAAUGAUUUCGACAAAGUGUCUGACGUCGUCAUAGUCGGUUCUGGUGCAGGUGGUCUUACAGCAGCAUUACGCGCAAAACACCACGGUCUGGAUCCAUUGGUAGUCGAAAAGACAUCCACAAUCGGCGGAUCCAGUGCGUAUUCUGGAGGUGCGCUCUGGGUCCCGAACAACCAUGUUUCGAAAGCAGCAGGCAUGGAAGAUAGCCUGGAGGAAGCUCUUACCUACCUCGAAGCAAUCGUACCACCAAACACACGGUCCAGCACGAAGGAGAGGAAACUAGCAUACCUCAACGAGAGCCCGAAGAUGGUGAAAUUCUUAGAGGAUGGCGGAUUCAAGUGGCGCGCCGGUGUGGGAUAUCCUGACUACCACUCGUUGGAGCCGGGUUCCAAGCCAUUAGGUCGUGUGAUUGAGGGUAAAGUGUUUAAUCUCAAGAAGCUGAAAGAUUGGCGGUCUAUGGUUAGGCUUCCAUCCGGUCCCAACCUUAUUGUUUACUCCAACGAAAGCCCUCACAUCUUUCGCAUGGGCGCUCAUCUCCAUGAUUUCCUCAAAUCCAGUGUUUUCGUAGCCAGACUGGCGGUUCGGGCUUUGGCAGGCCAAAAACCGGUGACAUUAGGCAAGUCACUGAUCGGACAGUUGCUUUACAUGAACAAGCAGCAAGGGACGGAAAUAUGGAGGGGAAGCAAGCUGGUGGAGCUUGUGACCGACGAGAAGGGAGCGGUAGUGGGUGUUGUGGUUGAAAGAGAUGGCAAAAAAGUAAGAAUUGGUGCGAGAAAUGGAGUUUUGUUGGCAGCAGGAGGCUUUGCAAAGAACCCAGCUAUGCGCGAUCAACAUCAAAAGAGGGCUGAGCAUGCGCAAUGGAGCGCUGCUUCACCAGGUGAUCAAGGCGAUGCCAUCGCGGCUGGUCAGAAGGCAGGCGGUGCGAUCGACAUGAUGGAUGCAGCCUGGUGGAUGCCCAUGAUCAUGAUGGGCGAAACCCCCAUUCUCGACCUAGCCGCUCGUUCACUUCCUCAUUCCAUUGUGGUCGAUGGAGACGGCCACCGCUACCUAAAUGAAGCCUUAGACUACGAUGAUUUCGGUAAGAUGAUGAACAAACGCCAUGAAACCACUUCAGCCGCACCCUCGUGGAUCAUCAUCGACGCAAGGCACCGUAAUAAAUACCUUCUCGGUCAGUUCGGUCCACGGCACACACCACAAUGGGCGAUUGAGAAUGGGCUCAUCUACAAAGACGACAGUAUCGCCGGUCUGGCCAAGCAAAUCAACAUCGACCCGACGAAUUUACAAAACACGAUUGCACGGUUCAACACCUUUGCAAGCAACGGUGUCGACGAGGACUUUCGCCGCGGAGAAAAUCCCUACGAUCGCUUCUUUGGUGACCCGUACCACAAACCGAAUCCCAACCUGGGCUCUAUUGCAGAAGCCCCCUUCUUCGCUGUCAGAUUAUAUCCUGGGGACCUCGGAACAAAAGGUGGUCUGUUAACAGAUGAGUUUGCGCGUGUGCUGAUGGAAGAUGGCAAGCCAAUUCCGGGACUAUAUGCAGCGGGGAACACGACGGCGAGCGUUAUGGGGAAGAGGUAUCCAGGGCCUGGGGCUACUUUAGCACCGGCAAUGACGUUCUCGUAUAUUGCUAUGGAUGAUAUGGCAAGACAGAUUCGUAAAUUGUGAAAGAAUAGCUGGAGAUGAGGGAUUAGAGGUGCAAGUUUGCCAUGUAUAACUACGUUUUGUAAUGUCGAUAUUGCAGCAUGUAUCGCGGAGAAGAGUUGACAUACUGUAUGGUAUGAAGUAAUAACCUUCUGUGUUCGCUCAAAUACGCAUAGCUUGUAUACAUUCCUGGCUAACUCCACAGAUUCGGACUACGAUGUUGCUCGAAUUUCUAUUCCCUCUCCCUAGACUUUGACCUUCUCCUCUUUGGUGACCUUGAUCUGUUCUUCAACAUGUUUCUGGAACUCGCAUCAUCUCUUCCUCUAUGUUCCAGUUCCUUGCGCUUUCCAGAGGUGGACAUGGACGGGGAACCUGCUUCAUUCAAGGUCCCAGACUUGGUUGCAGCGACAAAAUCAAGAGCUCUUCUCGGUGCCUUUGAGUUUUCCUGCUCCUUCGCCUUUGCAAGUUGCUUCUG